UUAAAUCCUCUCUACCUCUAACCUCUCUCAACUCCCUCAGGUUUACACUCAGAGUUGUUGUUGUAGCUAGCCAGCUAGCUAAAGAGGGCGAUGUUUUUUGAGAAUAAAGUGUUGUCUGGCGGUUAAACUGGAUUAAACACGACAACAUGAGCUGGAUUCCAUUCAAGAUUGGACAACCGAAGAAACAGAUUGUUUCAAAAACGGUUGAAAGGGACUUUGAGCGGGAAUAUGAGAAGCUCCAGAAAUUGGAAGACCAAACAAAGAAGCUGCAUAAAGACAUGAAGAAGAGCACAGAGGCUGACAUAGCCAUGUCUAAAGCUGCAGUAAAGAUCUCUGGGGACUUGUUGAGUAACCCGUUGUGUGAGCAGGACCAAGCCUUCCUGGAGUCCAUGAUGGCUCUGGAUACAGCCAUGAAAAGAAUGGAUGCAUUCAACCAGGAGAAGGUCAGUCAGAUUCAGAAGACUGUGAUUGAUCCUCUGAAAAAGUACAGCAGUGUGUUCCCCAGUCUAAACAUGGCGGUGAAGCGGAGGGAGCAGGCUCUGCAGGAUUAUAAAAGACUGCAAGCUAAAGUGGAGAAAUACGAAGAGAAGGAGAAGACGGGACCCAUCAUGGUGAAGCUCCAUCAGGCUCGUGAGGAGUUGAGGCCAGUCAGGGAGGAUUUUGAAGCCAAGAAUAAGCAGCUAUUGGAAGAGAUGCCCAAAUUCUACAACAGCCGCAUCGACUACUUUCAGCCCAGCUUCGAGGCGCUUAUUCGAGCACAGGUCGUGUACUUCACAGAGAUGCACAAGAUCUUCAGCGAGUUGACUGAUCAGAUUGAUCAGGGUGGUCUGACGGACGAAGAGAGAGAACAGCAGAACGAGACGAAGCUAAACGAGUUGCGUGCUCUGUCCAUCGUAGCUGACGACUGAGAAAAGUGAAUGUUCAGCCUGUUUGUUCUUUUUCUUAUACCUUUUCCCAAACGCGUUGUUUGUUGAUAGUCAGAUGAUCGUUAGUCUCAGUCAUCCGAUGAACUGUGAACGAUUACCAGUUGAAUAGAUGUAGAAUUUAACUUAUUUAUUCUGUUACUUCUACUUUCGUUGAUAAGGUGACUAAUGAAUUUACUUUAGAUCUUUCAUUGUUAUAGUCUAUCAGACUUUCUGAUCAGACAUAGAUUACAGUUAUAUUUAAAGUCUACUAACAAGGAAUCAGACAAAUAUACCAUGUAAUAAGAAUCUGGGUUGAGGAACAAACUUCCCCUUUUUAUGUAACUAAAAUAUUUGUUUGGAAAAUGAAAGAAGAAGAAUGUCUUAAAGUAGAGCAUCACUGGAAUUGUGCGUAUACUUUAUUCUCGGCAGAUGAUUUCAGACUGUGUUGAAGUGGUUCAGUGUACAUUAACGGCACUGGUUCAUUCCACGAAAAGCAACUCUGCAUUUACAUCCCCAUCACAAUAAAGGUCACAUCAAAUAUAUUCAAAUGAUCAGCACACAACUUUAUUUGAUAUAGACGUAAAGUGUUCAGUGAACGUUUAUUCACUUUAGAUUCUCCAGCUGUCUCAAAGUUCACUAAACUGAAGUGUCUGAAGUUGUAGUUCAUGAACGUACUUGAAAAAUCAGUUGAUCAGUACUGUAGCGCCCUCUUCUGUCAGAAACAAAACAUCCGUUCUUUCAGCCUUUACAGAAACUGACUUUUUGUGUUCCUAGUAGAUGUUCUUUGUGUGUGGUGCUUUUAAACAUUAUAGCCUUUAAAAAUAUUCAUUUUGCUGCAUUUACCAGUUUCUACAGCCAUAACAGUUUUGGAUUAUGUUCAGGACCAAUCAAGCAAGCAAGUGCAUCUUCAUUUUCAUUUUGUUUGGAAGUGUAACUAGGAAUAAUCCAAAGUGUAAUGAAGUAAUGACAAUCGUCAAACGUUGAUUUUUGUGCACUGUAGCGUCAGUCAUUUAUGGUGGUUUGAUAAUGUUUGGGUUUGAAAUGGUGUUAAAAUAUGUGCCUUUAGUGUUUGGUUUCGUUCUGUCUCAGGACUUGGCUUCAGGCUAAAUGAAUGUUCUGAUGUUCCUGAUUUGCAAACCUGCCUGUAAAGCAGAAUUCCAUCAAUGUUUCUAAUGUAUGGAUAGUUUUGUUGAGGGGUUCAGAGUGGUUUAAUGUGCAGUAUAGAGAAACUUCCCAGCUCAGGUUUCUUUAGUGGCGCUGGUCGUAACAAGAGGUCACAAUAUCUAUCAAACAGAUCCAUUUUAUUUACUGUCCAAAAUAACCAGUGAACCUACACACGCCCUGAGUUUUAUAUGUAAUGUUGAUGAAGCUGAAAAAAUACUUUUCUUUGGGGCCCGUCUGUCCUUACAGCUCCAUGUACCUCUCUACUGUGACUGGAUAUUAAAAACACUAUCAGUGUCCUCUCAAAGUAUCAGAGAGGAUAUUCAUACUCACCUCUCUGUGAGGGAGUUUAGAGGCAUUAAACUCUUCAGAUGUCUGGUUCCCAUCACCAUCACUGUGAACAGUUCUGACUCAGCUGAUGUGAAAUGCUUCAUACAAACUUUGAAACAUUGGUGGAAUUCCACUUAGUCUCACUCAUACAUCCUUUGCUAAGACCUUGAGUACAACAGCCUUCUGCUUCUUUUCUGUUUUGUGUUGAUUGUAAUCCCAGUUUGCAAGUCCUUUGAAACGUGUAACAUUUGUAUUGGUCAUUUUAUAUCUGUCCUGUAAAGUCCUUAAAUAAAUUGGUUGCUAAAAUA